GUGCAUGAUCACGAUGAUCCAUCGACAUCGAGACAAAAUGGAUCUCUCAGAGUCCAAUUCGUCGCCGGUCUUCAACAUUGUUCUGUGUCGUAGUGAACCAAGUAGCCGAGUGCGUAUUCAUCUCGUUAAUCGGUAAAAUACGAGUAAUUUUUUUCGCGACAUAACUUACGAUAAAAUUUGCGUGAAUUUUUCAUUUCGUUGUAGACUAAUUUUUUUUCGAUACGGUGUAAUUUUUUUUCUUCAAUUUUUUCUCAAUCGCCGAAUAUACCGAGUACCUACCUAAUAAUUUCUCAUGUGACAGUGUGACGUACACGAAAUUCCAGACGAUGAAGAGUAGGAAAAAACGAAACAAGGCCAUCGUUUGAAAACAAACGACUACCAGCCGUAUUGAUAAUUCCGCAGGAUUCACGUAUAUCUGAAUGCAUAAUAUAGAAGAAACACUGCCAAUUUCCUCCACAUUUUGGAAGGAGAUAUGUUGAAUGUUGGUUCAUGGGCAAAACCGACAUUUGGAAUAACACUAUUUUUGAGUUUAUGUGUGGUUAAAUGGAGUUCGGCCGGAAUACUAGAUUGGGGACGAGCAGCGAAUAAAAUCGAAGUGAACAUACCUUGGCUGCCAUUUGAAAAUGAGACUCGCUGCUACGAUGAAAUAGGUUGCAUCAACAUAACUCGCGAAUGGUACCAUUUGAUCUAUCGACCUCUGAAUGUUUUUCCGCUACCUCGCCAAGUAAUCGACACCAGAUUCAUGCUGCACACCAGGAAACAACCGAAGGGUUACCAGCUGAAAAUCCAAGCCGAACGAAACAUACAGAAAUCGACUUUUGACGCGAAAAAAUUGACCAAAAUCAUAAUUCACGGUUUCAUCGACACACCGCACGCCAGCUGGGUCAAGGAAAUGAGGCGAGAAUUGUUAAUGCACGCGGACUGGAACGUUAUCGUGGUCGAUUGGGCAGGAGGAUCUUUACCACUAUACACACAAGCAACCGCUAAUACCAGACUAGUCGGUCUCGAGGUGGCCUAUUUAAUUAAUCACCUUAAGGAUAAUCAUGGCUUGAAUCCUAAAGACGUGCAUAUAAUAGGACACAGUCUCGGAGCUCAUACGGCCGGCUAUGCUGGCGAACGUAUCGAUAAACUGGGUAGAAUAACAGGAUUAGAUCCGGCCGAACCCUAUUUCCAAGGUAUGCCCGAACAAGUGCGCUUAGAUCCUAGUGAUGCUGAUCUCGUCGAUGUCAUCCACACUGAUGGCUCCUCCAUAUUCUUACUAGGGUAUGGUAUGAGCGAACCUGCCGGGCACGUUGAUUUUUAUCCAAAUAAUGGCAAAGAGCAGCCUGGAUGUGAUUUGACGGAAACUCCGUUACCGUUGACUUUGAUCAAAGAAGGCAUAGAAGAAGCCAGCCGUGUGCUGGUUGCAUGCAAUCAUGUACGUGCCAUUAAACUAUUUACAGAAUCCAUCAAUUCCAAAUGUCCGUACGUAGCCCACCGAUGCCCUAGUUAUCAACAUUUUAUGCAAGGAAAAUGCUUCUCCUGCGAAGAAAACAAUUCCAGUUGCGCCAUUAUGGGACUGCAAUCGGAUCUAAAUCGUGGUUUAGUUCCUGGCUCGAAAUAUUUUGUAGCUACAGGAAAAGAGCCGCCAUUUUGUAGAAGACACUACAAAGUAACAUUAGACUUGGCACGCCCUCCUCGUGCUGAAACUUGGGUCCAAGGCUUUAUGAAAGUCACGCUGCAUAGCGACAAUGGCGUUAUAAGAAAUCUAGAUCUCACUCCAAACGGAUAUGAAAAACUAGAACAUGGUACAUCUCGAAGUUUCGUAGUCACACAUCCAGACGACAUAGGUCGUAUUAGACGAAUCGAAUUUUACUGGGAAUACGACAUGGAUGUGUUACAACCUCGAUCCAUAUGCUUCCUAUGGUGUAACGAUCACCUUUACGUAGCCAGUAUUCGUGUGACUGAAACUAAAGAUAUUACAGCGCGAGACAAAAGACAAAUCGAAACGAAAAGCAAGCUAUGCAGUACCGGACUCAAAGAAUAUGCGGAUAUAGCAUCCAGAACUUCGGCUGUAUUUGUUGACGACUGUGAUGAUGAUUUAGUAUAGAACGUUCUUCAGUAGCCUUUUCCGCUACCUACCUACCUACCUACCUACCUACCUACCUAAAUAGGUACCUAUUACCUAAUGUAUGUAAUCUCACAAUUAAAAGAGAAAAGCAUUUACAUUUUGAUUAGCUCUAAGGCUUUUAACAUAUCAAAAUAUUUACCUUUUACUUUUCCUCCCUUUCUCUCUGUUCUUGUCCUUAUCCUUGCGUAUUUAUAUUUAUAAGAUUUACCAAGACUGCCAAUUGUAUAAAUUGAAAAAAAAAAUGAGAAGAGUUACACAUUUAAGACGAAAAUUUUCAUUAUCAUUAUUUUUUUAGUUUAAUUUAGAUACUUACUUACUGAUACAGGGAUGUAAAUUCAAAGUAUAUGUAAGGAAUAUACUCGUGGAAUAAAAUUUCAACUCCGGCGUUUAUGUGUAAAUGCCGUUUUCCACUUUCAAAGUAAGUAUUUGUAUUUCUUAACAAAAUGUCGAAUGAGCUACAAUUUUCUAGGCUUUUUGAUCGAGACAAAAUAAUUUACAUCUCUGUACAUAGGUACUGCAGUAUUUAGUUGUACUUUUAAAAUAAUGCUGAUAUUAUUGCCAAUGACGUAAUUGAAAUGCUCGUAUUGUAAGAAAGGUGUUUAAUUACAUACGUAAAUAGUGGUAAUAAGAACCUAACUAGAUUUUUAUCCAAUUCGUCACAAUUCUCAUUCAAGAGUUGAUGAAGAAUGGUGAUGAAAAGUAAUUGUUUUCUAAGCUUGGUUUCUUAGUUACGUCAUUGUCAUUUGAUUUCACUGUAUAAAUGAUAAGUGAGAAAAGCGUUGUUAAAAGCACCACUAGGCAAAUAAGAAUAGAUAAGACAUUCGCAAUUGAAUGUAAUUGAGUAAUGACUGAGUAGUAAGUGGAAAAGUAUCUUCGCUUACAAUUACAUGUAGUACCAAUACCAACUGAAAAAAUUUAAAUGUAAAAAAAUGAAAAGAAAAUUCUGAUUGGUUCUUUAACAUCACUUGUCAUAAAAUCAACAUCUAACGGUAUUUUCCCGCAUCCUGACUAUAUUUCUGUAAUUCGUGUAUUCGUAAUUUUAUAAUUUUUCUGUAAAAAAAUAAUAAAUUCAUCUUUUUGUUUUUUGUUUAAAUUUUACAUAAGAUUCUGAUCAAUACUCUUCUCGUUUACCUUUUCAUCUCGAAAUUAUAAAGCUUUUUGAAGCGUAAUAUUUUCAGAUGCAUUUAGUUACCUUUUAUAAUACCCGUUACCAUUUUCCAUUUGAAAAAAUCAAUAUUUGAUUAUUUAGGGUACAGAGUUAUUUAAAGAUUUUCCUGUACCUAUUUGAAAAAAAUUUCUAACUGUGAGCUUAAUUGACUCGACUAUGCUAUGUUUAGUACCAAUUUUUUUAUAUUUUAGGGUGAACUUGUAAAAGAAGACUGUAUACUUCAUGAUUGUUUUAUGAGUAAUAUACAAUUUUAAGAAUUCAAUCAUAGUUUUAAAUUAUUUUAUUGGUUGUAUUUUGAAAAAGAAAAAUGUUAAUAAA